GAAAAAAAAAACUGGAGGAAGAACAAGCUUGCUAACAAAGGAAAAAGAAUGUAUAAAAACGCAAGGUCGCAGCUUCCAGCUCCGCACUCUAAUUCAUCCGGAUUCUUCUCGAGAACCUCCGAGAGAUCCCCUCAUUAGUUUAUCCACCUGACAUGACGGAUUGGCCAAUCCAUCGAGAAUUGCUGCGAAAUUGCGCCCCCCAUUGCUGCUGUUCUUGCUCCCAAAGGGAAAUUUCUCUGUACUUGUCUGGCUUCUUUGCUCGUUCCCUUCAUCUAUCCCCAAAGCUGGUCUCUUACGCCGUAAAGAUCGCCGGAUCUCCUGCGGUGAAUCAAGGUUAAGGGAUAACAGGAUACUAGAUUAAGCCUUCCAUGGGUGAAGAGGUACCAGACUUUUGUAAUGAGAAAGUCAUCUUGGAAGCCAAGGAUUUCAGGACAGCCACAACUGUUGGUGAUAAGACUUAUGUGAUCAGCACAUUGGAUGAUGGGCCCAAGUCAACCAAUAGCAUUAGAAUUCUGGAUAAAUUAACUCAAACUUGGAUUGUGCCUACAGUACUUGGGACACAACCUAUUCAUUUUGAGGCACAUUCUGCCAUUCUGGUUAAUGACGAUAGGGUACUAGUAGUUGCCAAGAAUGGUGCCCCACUAAUUGACUCAAUCUGGUUUCUUGAGGUGAACACCUCCUUUGUUAAGCAGCAGUGCAAGAUAAGAGGCACAGAAGUUGUUGCCUGGAGCAAGGGAGUCCUAGGCAGGGGUCAAAAGCCAGUGGUGAUUAGUGGGCCUUCUGGUGUUGGUAAAGGCACAUUAAUUGCUAAACUAAUGAAUGAUUCCCCAUCAAGAUUUGGAUUUUCUGUUAGCCAUACCACAAGAGCUCCAAGGGAGCAGGAAAUAGACGGAGUCCACUACCACUUUACAGAGCGAAGGAAGAUGGAGAAAGAGAUAAGUGAGGGAAAAUUUCUUGAGUUUGCUAACGUCCAUGGAAAUUUGUAUGGCACCAGUAUUGAAGCAGUUGAAGCUGUAACAGAUGAGGGGAAGAGGUGUAUUCUCGACAUUGACGUCCAAGGAGCUCAAUCUGUGAGGGAUUCUUCUCUUGAAGCACUAUUCAUCUUUGUAUGCCCUCCAUCAUUUGAAGAACUGGAGAAGCGCCUCCGGGCACGGGGAACAGAAACUGAAGAACAAAUCCAGAAACGGCUGAGAAAUGCCAAGGCAGAGCUUGAUCAGUCCAAUACACCAGGUCUUUUCGAUCAUUUUUUGGUGAAUGACGACCUGGAAACAUGCUAUGAGAACUUGAAGAAGUUACUUCUGUUGGAUGAUGGAAGUUGUGUUUCAGAUUAUUCUUGCUCCACCACGGAUAGCAAAGCCAUGACAUAUUAUACAGUUCUAUCUAAAACAGAUUCAGAAGUUCUACUGCAACCUGAGACUGGGAAAGUAGAAAAAGGAACUACAAGCAUGCUUUCACUUGACCUGUCUUCGCUUUCGGGCGGCGCUCCUGGAGGUACACGGGGCAUUAAGAUAUGCUCAGUUAACAAAGGUUAAAAUGCCCAUGAGAUGACACAAAGUAUACUCCAGCAGUGCAUACUGCUAAGUUUUUGAACCGAUUUGGUUGAGGCGACAGUUUCGGUCGUGGUUAGACGAGACAUGAAAAUAUAGUGGUGGCAAAAAUAAAGAUAGUUCCUCUAGUUGCUUGCUCAGCUUCCGUUCCUUAGUUCUUCACUACUAGAAUCAGCCAGAUCUCGGCGUGAGCCCAUCAUUGAGACUUAUCUGAAGAAGUUGUGAAUUGAGCGUCCAUUUAUACUUAGCUAGGAACUUCUUUUGCUCUAUGGAUCAAGUUAUUGAGUCUUAAAUGUGUCUUUUUUACAAGAAGUUUGAAACGUUUUGAUUGUUUGCUUCUGGAGGGGGGUCAUGGCUUUCUCAGGAAAUCUUGGUGUUGAUCCUUGUCAGAAAGAAUCCUACAUGCCAGUCAUGCUGCACAUCAGCACAUGGGGUCUUGAUUCUCUUGGAUGUGCUCCCUAGUCCCCAGAUGAAAACACAAUUGAUUCAAAUUUCAUAUACACAAGCAAAAGAAGAGGCAGCUGAAUAUUUUAACUAAAUAUCUUGCAAUUUUGGCAUAUUAAUAUUUGAAUACAUUCAGUCUUUGUGUCUGAA